CUACACGAGUAUAGUGCUCGUCCGGCGGUCCGUUGGUGUUCACGUGUUCCGUCUGGUCGUUUCCGACUCUCCUCCCGUCUGUCUUUAGUAGCCCAGCAGAACAUUUGGCCGCCACAUGCGUUGUGGUUGCCUGCUCGUUUGGUGACCGUCAAGAGAACAACAGACAAAAUUAUUCCCUUUGCGUCAUCUUUUUUCCAUAGUGUUAACGUUCAUUUUUUAGUGGUCAGUGUUCAAUCAAACCGAAUUAUGUGUUUUUGUAGUGACUAGUGGUUAACGCGCGGAUAGUCAUUUUUUAAACUAUUAGUUAAUGACAGUUUUGCCGUCGUAUUUUCCAAACAUGACGCACCGUCGACAUAGACUUCUUGUUUUAUUAGCAACACUCUUGACGGCUUUAGCAAUCACUACCGGAGAUUCUGAUGUGCAGCCCGUAACUAGUUCUAAACAAAUUGAUAACACUGGCGGUAAUCACUGCUACGAUGAGCAUAACAACCCUCAGCGUUGUAUACCAAGUUUUGAAAAUGCUGCAUUUAAUCUUCAAGUGGAAGCAACUAAUACAUGUGGUCAAAAUGGUCCUAUGGAGUUUUGCGUCCAGUCUGGCAGUCAAGUAACGAAAAAAACUUGUGAUAUCUGUACACCAACGUCGCAUCCUCCAUAUUAUAUGACAGAUUUUAGUAGUUACGCGAAUCGAACAUGGUGGCAAUCAGAAACCAUGUUUGAAAAUGUGCAAUAUCCUAAUCAAGUCAAUCUAACACUACAUUUUGGUAAAGCCUUUGACAUCACAUAUAUUAGACUGUUGUUUUACUCAUCAAGACCCGAAAGUUUUGCCAUUUAUAAAAGAACUACAGAAGAUGGGCCAUGGAUCCCGUAUCAAUUCUACAGUGGUUCCUGUAGAGACACGUAUGGACUACCUGAUUUAAAUUAUAUACGAAUCGGUGAACAAGAAACAAGAGCUUUUUGUACUUCUGAAUUUUCUGAUAUUUCUCCAUUGACUGGGGGAAGUGUACCUUUCUCCACUUUAGAAGGUAGACCAUCAGCAAAGUUCUAUGACUCUAGGCCAGAGUUUUGGGACUGGGUAACUGCAACUGACAUAAGAAUUACUUUAGAUCGUUUGAAUACAUUUGGAGAUGAAGUAUUUGAAGCACCACAAGUUUUAAGAUCAUACUUCUACGCUAUUGCUGAUUUUGCAGUUGGUGCAAGAUGUAAAUGCAAUGGUCACGCAAGUGAAUGUGUCAAUAGUUCUGGUGUUGAUGGUUCAACAAGAAGAGUAUGUCGUUGUGAACACAAUACUGCUGGACCUGAUUGUAAUGAGUGUUUACCAUUCUAUAACGAUGUGCCGUGGAGUAGAGCGACGGCUUCAAACGCACAUGAAUGUAAAGGUGUGCACAUUUUAACGACUGACCUUCCACCAUCGCAAUAUACCGUUUACAUGAUUUACCAUCUCUAUUGUGAACGCUUAUCACAUCGGCACCCGAGGCGGUCUAUUUAAAACGAAAAUGCUCAA